CUAACACAGCGACAGCUGGCUGGCCGAAGGCAGAUGACAGAGACAGACGAAAGGUCACAGAAAACGGGAAUGGAAUUCACAGAUUCGGUUGAAUUCUUGUGAUUAUUUUGUGAAGAAAAUAUUAUUUGAAAGUUCAAAUACUACAAACAUGGAUAUAGAGGAGUGUCUCAAAGAAUGGGAGGACUUAGUGGUGGAUUACAAACGUUUAGAGGUCACCAACAAAGACUAUGUCGCGAAAUUGGAGGAGGUUGGUGAGUUGCAAGCAGCCUGCAUGAAGGAGAUCAACCAUCAGAAAUACCGCAUGUCUAUCAUAGCGGCUGCGUUGAAAAGGUUAGAAAAGAAAACCGUCACAAAGGAUGAUCGCGUUGCUAACUUGGAGAAGGAAAUCAUGAAAAGGAAAGCCAUGCUGCGUGAGAUUAACGCGACGCUGCCGAAACAGAACAGCCUGUAUCUACGCAUCAUACUCGGAAACGUCAACGUGUCUAUACUCAACAAAAAUGACAAGUUCAAAUACAAGGACGAAUAUGAAAAGUUUAAACUGAUUCUCAGUGCUAUUGCCUUCGUGUUAGCUGUUGCUAAUCUUUACAUAGAUUUCAGGCCCCUUCAAUUAAUACUGUUGUUCCUGCUGGUGUGGUACUACUGCACUCUGACGAUUCGCGAGAGCAUCCUCAAGGUGAACGGAUCCAGGAUCAAGGGCUGGUGGAGACUACACCACUUCAUAUCGACUGUGGUCGCCGGUAUACUGCUCAUCUGGCCGCAGAAUGAACCGUGGAAUAUGUUUAGACACACGUUUAUGUGGUUCAUCGCUUAUAUCAGUGUAGUCCAAUACAUGCAGUUCAGAUACCAAAGCGGAGUUCUAUACAGGCUAAAGGCUUUAGGCGCUCGCCAUAACAUGGACAUUACCAUUGAAGGAUUUCACUCGUGGAUGUGGCGGGGACUGUCGUACCUGCUGCCUUUCUUGUUCGGCGGUUAUGUAUUCCAAUUAUACAUAGCGUACACGUUAUACAGCCUUAGUUACCACCCCGACGCCACUUGGCAGAUCCCAGCAUUAAGUUUAUCAUUCCUGACGAUCGGCAUCGGCAACUGCGCGACGACGCUCAUCGUGAUUCCUCAGAAACUCAACGAGCAGUAAAUAUCUGGACUUCAUAUUCCUAUUCAUUUUAUAAGGAGUCUGUAAUUUAUGGAUUUCUCGUAUAUUAUAUCUGCGCAUUGAGUGCAAGUUAUAUACUUAGAUGUAAAGUGCUUUAACUGUACAUUAUUUAAGUAUUUAUAUUUCAAAUUAUUAUAGUUUGCGUUUAGUACAUUCAUUUAAGUAUGUUUAUUUAAAUAUGAACAAAUUUUGUGCCAAAAAUGUAUUUUCUGUUUUGCUUUUAAGAUUUUGCAUAAAAACGUUGUUUAAAGGUUAUGCAUUUGAAUGAGUAGAUAUUAGCUUUUGCAAAAUAGCUUCACCGAUACAUUUAGAGUGGCCGGGCAAUUUUUUUCCAAUACUUGCAUAAAUUCUCUAUUUUGACCUCAUAAUUAUACAAAAUGUGUAAUAACGAUUCUCAAAUAAAUGUGUUAAUGAAGUGAAAUCUAUAAUGAUCUAUAUACAUCGACCAAUAGCUUAUAAUUUCCUUGUAUUCUCUUACGUUCAAGUACCUAUAAAGUAAAAAGAGUACGGGCAAGUAAACACUACUAAGAAAACAUUUGAUUUAUAUAGGAAAAUAAAAUGGUUUAUCUUUUAUCUAGUUAACAUUAUCGAUUCAAACAACGAUUAUGAAAAAUAAUACAUAUUUCGAAAGUGAUUUGCACGAGUUAUUUGUACUAUUGUGCAUGUUUUGAUAUUCUUGUCUGCAUCAGAUUUGUCACUUGGAGGGUUGACGCAAAAAUGUACGAGUCUCUUUAUCUCAACUUGCUUUUAAUGUAUGCUAUUUAAUGUUUACGUUUCUCAAACACCAAGUGACAUAUCGAACCGCAUUUUAUAUGACAUUUUUUCAGAACUUUUACUGGAGAAAACAAUAGGUAGUAAAAUCUGCUUUUUAUAUGAUUUCAUGUGGAUCUGAUGAUAGUGUAUGUGAAUAUGUUAUUGUAUGCAAUAAAAGGCACAAAUAGUUCAUUUUUAAUAAAGUAUUCGAGGGUUUAUUUAUUCAAUAAUUGCGCCAUAUUUGCAUAAAUAUCUAUUUGUUAACUGCAUCACAAUUUUGGUCUUAAUUUUUUAUAUCUUAAAAUGGAAUGUCAUGUUAAUUUGGAACUUGUAAAUUAUGACCAUAAAUAUAAGAUGGAGAAGUCAAACUAGCUUUAGCUUGUAGUUAGAUGAGCCGUCCUACAAAUAAUACAUAAUGGCUAUGAUAAUAUUAAUGUGUUAUCAAACUUUUAUAGGGCUAGUCAUAUUCUGGCAAGGCUGUUUAGCUGUUACUUUAUGAUGGAAUUAAUGCAGGUAUCCUGAAUAUACUGAUAAUACUUUAAUGAUAAUGAUGUUAUCGUUUUGUUGUUAGACGUCGAUAUCACGGCAAUAGCAAUAAUUUUACGCAACUGGUGACUUGUCCGGGCCACAUCUGCCAUCUUUGCUAUUUAUUACUACGUAGAUAAAAUUACAACGGUGAUUUUGUUAGGCUUUAUCUUUGUUAUUUAUUGGCAUUGUUAGCGAUACGCUUGGCUAUUGCUCUGGUGGUGGUAUUUCUAGAAUAUUAAAGGAGUGAUUAGAGCUAUAUUGGUGCUACAUCUAUUAAUGAAAAAAAAACACGAGAUAAUGUUGCUAACAUUGAUUCUAUCGAAUUUGCAUGUUGUGGUCCGGGCAAUGUACAGAUAGAUACAGUAGUGAUAUUUAUAAUAAUUUAUGAUGCAGGAUAAUAAAGGGUAAUAGACAGGCUUGUACACAAGAGAGUGAAUAUUUCGUGCCUUGAUCAAACAAUAAACUAUUCGUAAUUUAGUGAUAAUGUUGUACUUAUGCUUUGUAUAUUCGAUUAAUUUAUAAUGGUUGUUUUAGCUCUUAUUUUGUAAUGGAUGUUAUUUAUUUGAAUGCAUUGAUGAAUAAAUUUGUUUUUUCAGCGA